ACUGCAGCAGUGUCUUUUCUAUUUCCAUUACUCAUUGGGAUGGGUAGCAUUGUAGGCUAUUAGGCCAAAAGAAGAAAAGUAUUGGAGUGUUGUUGAUAUACUAUAGCCUAGCUAAUGCACAAUGGUAAACUUAACAGAAAUGUGUGUGGCCUGUUUUCGUUAGGGGACAGUGCACUACUAGCAUCAUGAUUAAUGUGUUUGCCAGUAUUUUAUCAGACCUAGAAUAUUGUGUUAAUUCCUUGUCAGUGAAGUGGCAGAGUCGGAAUAGAGUCAAAGAUGGCCUCCCUGUACAUGCUUCUAAUGAUUGGGUUCCUCCAGUUGGGAUUACAACAGGUCUCGGCUGAAAAAGGUCUUGAUCGGGUGAAGAGACAAGGACCCACCCUUUCGGUGACUGCAGUGCUGGAGAAACCAUUCAUUAUGGAGAAAGAGAACCAAACACAGGCGGGGAAUGUCCAGUAUGAGGGCUUUCUCGUGGACCUUCUUGAGGAAAUCAGCAAGAAAACUGGUCUGAAGUUCACAAUCAAACUGAAUGUGAGAAAUGACCUCAGUUAUAGUGGCAUGAUUAACGAACUCAUCAAUAAGACGGCUGAUUUGGCGGCAGGCGCACUGACCGUCACCUGGGAACGAGAACAGAAGAUUGACAUGACCAAGCCGUUCUUGAACUCGGGCAUCACAAUCUUGAUGAAGAAAUCGGAUGCCAUCGUAGAAGUACUGCCACCUGUCGAUACAUCUGUUGUCAUGAAACCAUUCGAACCCGCUGUUUGGGCCUGCAUUAUAUUGGCCACAUUUGCGGUGACUGGCUUGUUCUGUCUCAUCAACCGUUUUGACCCCCACGAGAGACCUAUCUGUGAACAGGCAGACAAGAAGGAUAAGAAAGAGGGCCAGGAAAAGAGGGAACUUCAUUUCAGUAUCCUUGCUUGUCUCUGGAUGGUCGUGGGCAGUCUAGUCGUACAAGGUUACACCAAGCGGCCCAAGUCCAUAGCAGCAUUGGUUCUCUUCUUUGUCUGGUGGGUCUUCUGCCUGGUCAUCUUUGCCUUCUACAUCGGCGGUAUACUGAGGAGCGGCAUCUACGAAGCAACCAAGGUCAAGGUCGCCAAGGUCGAGACAUUCAGUGACCUUGUCCAACAAGACGAUAUCAAGUUUGGAGCAGUGAAGGGAGGGUCCACCUAUCAGUUCUUCAAGCAGAGCAAGAAUUAUGUGCAGGGUUAUAAGCUGAUGUCCGCUAACCCCUCCAUGAUGGUGGCCACAAGUUCCGAGGGUGAGGAGAGAGUAAGAAGAGGGGGAUAUGCUCUGUUGGCUGAGGUGCCUUUUGUGGAAUAUGCGUCGGCCAGGAAGCCAUGCAAUGUGAUGCAAGUUGGUCCCGUGUUGAACAGUUUUGGCUGCAGUUUCGGCCUCCAGAUGAACUCUCCGUACACGGAGAAGAUCAACCUAGCAAUCCUGAAGCUUCGUGAAGCCCAGGCCAUUGGGCUGCUGUGGAAGAAGUGGUCGUGGUGGCAAUCGGAAUGCCACGGGGUGAAGCUGAGCCAGUCAGGCAAUGCAAAAACAACACCGCCAUCGCGACCUCUGUCCAUGGCCAGCGUAGGAGGGAUAUUCAUCACAUUCUUCGUAGGCCUCCUCUGCACAAUGGUUGUCAUGGCAAUAGAGAUAUUCCUUCAUAGACGUAGCCAGGCACAGGCUGAGGAGAGAAAGAAUGAACCAACUGUUCUGAGUUCUGUUGUCUGGUGUGGCGGAGUCGGAAUCGAGGCAAAGAUGGGCUCUCGGCAUGUGCUUCUGUUCUUUGUAUUCCUCCAACUUGGAUUAGUGUAUGUUUCAGCAGAGGAAGAAUUUGAAAGAGUAAGACGAGCUGGGAGCAAGCGUACUCUUAGCGUCACAGCGGUCCUGGAAAAACCUUUUCUUAUGGAGAUCAAAGAUGAGGUAACGCAAACACUGACAGGAAAUGACCGCUAUGAGGGAUUCAUCAAAGAUGUCUUAGAUGGAAUUAGGGAGAAGACUGGUCUGAUGUACGCAUUGGAUGUUAGAGAUGAUCAGAGCUAUGGUGGAAUGGUACAAGCUUUGGUCAAUAGGAAAACGGACAUGGCUGCAGGUGCAUUGACCAUCACUUCAGAGAGAGAACAGAAAAUUGACAUGACUAAGCCAUUCAUGCAUUCGGGCAUCACAAUACUGAUGAAGAAAUCAGAUGCAAUCGUUGAAUCAGCCCUUCCGGUGGAUACUUCUGUUAUGAUGAAGCCUUUCAAAGCUGGUGUCUGGGUCUGCAUCAUUUUGGCUGCAAGUGCAGUGACCUGGUGUUUCUUCAUCAUCAACCUGUUUGACCCAUAUGAGGAACCAGUGGAGUCAGUGAAGCGAGGAGUCAGUGAACACGGAGACCAAAAGAGUGAGGAUGGUGGGGAGAAAAAGCUUUCCUUUGGGUUCGUGGCUUGUACUUGGAUGGUCAUUGGCGGCCUUACACUCCAGGGUUAUACCAAAAGACCACAGUCAGCGGCCGCAUUGGUUCUCUUCUUUGUCUGGUGGAUCUUCUGCCUGGUCAUCUUUGCCUUCUACGUCAGUGGCAUCAUGAGGAGUGGCAUCUAUGAGUCUGCCCCAGUCAAGAUCCCAAAGGUCACAUCGUUUGAUGACCUCAUGGAACAACACAAGAUCAAGUUUGGAGCGAUGAAAGGUGGAUCGACUCAAGAAUUCUUCAAGACGAGUAGGGUUCAGAUCUAUCAUCGUGCUGGCAAGUGGAUGCAGUCCUACCCUUUAACGAUGGUGUCCUCGCUCACCGAGGGCCUGGAAAGAGUGCGAAAAGAAAAAUAUGCUCUGCUUACCGAGUCAAAGUAUGCGGAGUAUGUGGCUGGUCAACGCCCCUGUGAUGUGAUGCAAGUUGGUGACCUAAUGAAUAGUGUCCGAUAUGGUUUUGGUCUCCAGAAAGGUUCCCCCCUCAGGAAUGAAAUCAAUAUGGCAAUCUUGAGGCUUCGAGAAGACCAAAGUCUUGAUAUGUUGAAGAGGAAAUGGUGGCAUUCGCUGUGUAGGCUCGCUGAGGAGGAAGAGGAAGAAAGCAAGUCCUACUCAGAUGUAGAAAUGAUGCCUCCAGCGAAGCCUCAAUCCAUGGGCAGUAUUGGUGGGAUUUUCAUCAUUUUCUUUGUGGGCCUCCUCAUCGCGAUGUUCAUCAUGUUGAUAGAGAUAUUCUGGGACAAAAAGCGUGAAGCAAAGCCUGACCAGUCAAAUGCUGAGGAGGAUGACCCGAAUCAGGAAGAAGUGACCUUGACCUAGAUGUCUGGCUCAUGAGACUUUGACCAAGAUAUCUGGCCAGUGUGACCUUGACAUUUGCCUGUUGGCUGAUUACUUUUUAUCAACCAGUUGUUUUUGUCAUGACAAAAACCAAAUUAAAAACAAAUUUAUGGGUACCGUAAUACGUUUUUGGUCAUUUGCAUAACAGCCCUGAAACACAAAUAGAGUAAUUCAUUAGAGGUCUACAUGUUGUUGUGCAUGGUGGCUAGCAGGGAUAUCAUCCUCCUAGCCACCUAAAUCCCACGGCCAAGAUGUCCCUUUAAAGAGUUUCUAAUUGAACUACCAGUAAUCAUAACCUAAUUUACUUCCUAA